GUUAAACUAAUUUUCGUUUUGAGUUGUAAACUUAAGUAAAGAUAUUGCAGUGGAGUUAUAGUAAAGUUUUAAAAUCACUAUGGCACCCGGCAAAAACCUCAAAAACCGCAAUAAACGCUCCAACCAACAUACCGAAAGGGACUACGCAGAGAGAUUAAAUGAGCUUACUGUAGCAUCAUCAGAAGAUAGCGAUGACAGCAGCUCUGACGGAGAAGGAACGGAAGCAUCCUUUACAGUAGCGAUGUGGGAUUUAAAUCACUGUGAUCCUAAGAAAUGCUCUGGAAGAAAACUUCUGCGACACAAUAUCAUAAAAAACCUUAAACUCGGCCAACGGUUUCCAGGAUUAGUGCUAUCCCCAGUUGGCACCCAAUGCGUCAGUCCUAAUGACAAGAACAUUAUUGAAAAAUCAGGACUUGCAGUCAUAGACUGUUCGUGGGCUAAAAUUGAUGAAACACCUUUUGGUAGAAUGAAAUCACCUCACCCGAGGCUAUUGCCAUUUUUAGUCGCAGCCAAUCCCAUAAACUAUGGUAAACCUUACCAACUGAGUUGCGUGGAGGCAUUGGCAGCCGCUAUGUAUAUAACGGGGCAUAAAAAGGAGGCGCAGUUCUACCUUUCAAAGUUUUCUUGGGGUCAUUCCUUUUUGGAACUUAAUAAUGAAGCAUUAGAUCUGUAUGCAGCUUGUACAGACAGCAAAAGUGUUCUGGAAGCGCAGGCAAAAUAUCUGGAAUCCGCACAAAAACAGGCAGACACAAGACCCAUGUGGCCGCCCAGUGAUAGUGAUUCAGAGUCAGCGGAGGACAGCUAGGACUUAAAAUGUAUCUCUUAUGAUAUGAUGUAAAUGUGUAUUUUGAUUGUUGAACAAUUAUAUUUAUUGU